GGGCGGAGGAAGUGGCCCGGGGAGGCCGGAAGCGGCGCUGAGGAGGGGCUGGCGGAGCGGGGCGCUGGCCGCUUUGCUGCUUGUCUACUUUUUGGAAGACUCAAUCUGUCAAGCAGGCUGACCCUUCUCUGUGGCUUUACUGACGCCGAGUAGCAAAAACUAGUUGCAGGCUUCCGUACCGUUUGGGAUGUGUAAUUGAGCAUGCUGCUUCAACACAAAAGAUGAACCUUAAGGCCUUUUCAGACACAGAGCACUCAACCCAGCUGCUGCAGGAGAGAGAGACCUGUGCCACCAUAGCUAGAAGAGGGAUUUAACUCUUGCAAAAAGAAGUGAGUGGUAGCCCAGGAAGUGGCAGUUGUCCUGCAUUGGCUCCUCCCAGGUAACUUCAAAUAGGCAUUGCCAAUGGAUGAGCUGGUGCACGACUUGGCCUCAGCUUUAGAGCAGACUUCAGAGCAAAACAAACUGGAUGAGCUAUGGGAAGAGAUGGCGCUGAGCCCACGGCAGCAGCGGCGUCAGCUUCGCAAGAGACGGGGUCGUAAACGGCGCUCAGACUUCACACAUCAGGCAGAACAUGCCUGCUGCUACAGCGAGGCCUCAGAGUCCAGCUUGGACGAAGCUGUCAAGGAUUGCCGUGAGGUGCUGACAGCUAAUUUCAGUGACUCUGAUGACAUGGCAGUGGUCAAACGACAUCCAGCUCUUAGUGCCACCCUGAGGAGCAAGCAACACUUGUGGCAUGAGUCAGACUCCUUUACAGAGAAUGCACCCUGUCGACCUCUCAGGCGCCGACGGAAGGUCAAACGUGUGACAUCAGAAGUGGCUGCCAGUCUCCAGCAGAAGCUCAGGGUGUCAGAGUGGAACUAUGAGAGGGGCUGCAGGUUCAAGUCAGCCAAGAAACAGCGUCUUUCACGCUGGAAAGAAAAUGCCCCUUGGACAUCAUCCAGUCAUGGCCUUUGUGAAUCAGGAGAGAACAGGCCCUUCCUCAGCAGCGGGGGAAGGAAGGAGCGGAUGGAGUGUGAAGCUGAUGAUCAGAAGCAGGGCUCAGAUGAAAACAUGUCAGAAUGUGAAACCAGCAGUGUUUGCAGCAGCAGUGAUACUGGCCUGUUCACCAAUGAUGAAGGCCGCCAAGGAGAUGAUGAGCAAAGUGAUUGGUUUUAUGAAGGAGAAUGUGUUCCAGGAUUCACUGUCCCCAACCUUCUUCCCAAGUGGGGAGCUGAUCACCGAUCUGAAGUGGAGAGGAUUGACUCAGGCCUGGACAAACUCUCUGUUUCCACCUUCCUUUUGCCCUCAGGGCCAGCUCAGAGAGGAUUUCAUGCUCGCCUGAAUCGCCUUCCAGGAGCUGCUGCCCGUUGUCUCCGUAAAGGUCGGAGGAGGCUGGUUAGCAAGGAGACCUCCAUGAGCACUCUGGGCACCGAGAGGCUUGGUCAUAUUGUUAAUGAUCCACGCCAGAAAGAUUUUUGGUUACCAUCCAUGGGGAAGAGAGAUCGCAACCAGUUCAAUCCAUUAUCUCCUCUGUACUCUCUGGAUGUGCUUGCUGAUGCUUCCCACCGAAGAUGCUCACCAGCACACUGCACUGCCAGGCAAGCAAAUGUGCACCUGGGACCUCCAUGUUCAAGGGACAUCAAGAGGAAACGAAAGCCAGCAGCAGCCUCCAUGUCUAGCCCAACAUCAGCAACUUUAUCUGUCCACAUGGAUGCAGCAGAAUCAGAGCUACCAGCAACACCAUCCUUGAGAUCCCAGAACUCUGAGUGGACUAGGAAAACACCAGCAGCUGAGAAAUCUACUAUUGCUGCCUCCAGUAACUUUUUUAAAAUGCCACCAGAGAAGAGCCCUGGAUACAGCUAAAAGGAAGCAUUGCAACUCUAAAAGCUUGCUGGAUUUUGGAAGUGUUUGAUUCUGGUGUUUGUCUGCACCAAACAUCCUGUUUGGCAGUAGUGCUAUCUCCAGUAUUGGUGCGUGAUGCCUGCCAUCAUCCAGGCUGGUCUGUGUGCCUCACACACCUAAGUCAUGUUUGUGUAUCUAUGCUUAAGAAAAGGUAAUCAGUGUUGGGACUGCAGUGGCUUUUAGAAAUUUUCCUGCUAUCACUGUAUUUAUUAUGAAUUCAUCUCUUUCCCUGAUUACAGCUCACAUGUAAUGGGUCAUGUACAGAUUCUUCUGGUUUUCAGAUCUUUUUUUGCCCCCUGGACAUGUUGCUUGUUUGUGUAUUUGGCAUUUUCAGGGUGAAAGUCCCACUGCUAUUCAGGGAGGCAGGAGUCUCCCUUUGCUUGCUUCCAGGCCAAAGGGAUUUCUUGGGUGGGGAAUGAGGAGGGAAUACUAACACAUUGAAACAUGGAACCUGAAUCCUGUAUUAGCAGAAUGUUUUCUGGCCAUGUGCUAAUGGACUCAAAUCACAUUGCUUCUGGCAAAGCAAAUACGGUGCUUGUCCACGUAGAAAUUGCCAUCAGCUCACUGGCAGCAUUGUCCAUUAGACCUUUUCCUUCUCCCUUGUUCUGAAUGUCUUCAGUCUUUCUUGUGUAUUGCAUGUUCAUUCCUAAAGCUCCUACUGGAUAAGGAUUUGGGAGAACUACUUGGACAUAAAUAUGCAAGCUGGUGUCCUGGAUAGAAACCUGGACUCUUGAAUGUUGUUGCAGUAUGGUAGAAAAUUAUACAAAACAUCCAUAUCUUAGCAUAUAAAUUAAAAUAUAUCUGUUAGUGUUUUUAAAGGAUGCUUGUUGAAGUUAACAUGCCAUUGAACAAAAAAGCCAUUUGAAGUGUCACCUGAGUUCAGAGCAUUAUGGGUAUAGAUCAAACUCCUUCUGUAUUAUGCUUUCUCUCCCUUCAAAAGUAUUGUCUGCUGUACCUAGUGGAGGUGUCUCCACAUGCUGAUGAUUGCACAUUACACUGCAGUGUACACUAAAGAGAUUCUCUUCAUAGAACUUCCACUUGGUCUGCUGUUACCUUCUGUGUUGCACAAUAUAUGGACAGGGAUUUUUCCCUCACUUUAAUAACUCUGGAGCUUAUCUUGUUUUCAGAAUAUGUACCUGUAUAGCAUGUGCCAAGGAAAAGGUGGCCUCACAACUUCUUAAGCCCUUUAAAAAUGGGAUCUAUUUGUAUGAAUGGAACUUUUUGCUUUCCUCAUGUGGCGCUUUCAGACAGGAGCAUUUAAACUUGUAAAAUCAAUUUUGAUUGUGGCGGUGCAUCUAGCACUCUUAAACACAUAACAAAAUUUGUGUGAUUUUAGUGAUUUUGCAGUGUUCUGCUCUCUUAUGAGUCAAAUGACUGAGGGACAGAUUUGAGUGGGGGACUAGGAAGCAGUGAUUUAUGUGUAUUAAAAUAGGAAAUGGUCAUAAUAUACACAAAACAGAAACUAAAUUACUUGCUAAAUCAUGAUUGACAAAUAUGGUUAGUUAUACUACAUGCACACUGUGUCUGAUCCCCUAAUACCUACUUAUUCUUGGGGAGACAUCCAAAUUGGAUUUAUAUUUCGCAGCACAAGCAAACUGUCAGAUCUGUCACUAUAAAUCCUUCUCAAAACUAUUUUUUUCUUUUCUCUUUUUUUUUUUUUUUUUUUAUUUGGGUGGUAUAUUUUAAAAGUAAUAAGAACAGGAAAUUCCUUUUUACCUUAAUGAAGGAAUACAGUAGUCCUUUUAGAAUACAGGACAAGCUGUAACAGUUUGUGAAGGAAGAAGUAUUCCUGUUUUUAAAGUUGUCAUGGCUUUGUCUUAUUUGCAGCUAUUUUGAACAAUGGUGCCUAAGGGGUAACACAGCAAUUUUCAGCACUGAAGGGCUUGUAAUCUAAAACAUCUGAAGAGAAGGUAAACCUGAAGAGUAGUAGCUUGACUAUCUAGUACUCAUGAAUACAGUGAAUGGGAAAGGUGGCCACGUUCUCCUGACAACUUGCAGAUAAAAUUUAGAGUUUGAAGCCUUGUAAUCCACACUGCAUGCUGCUCUGAUGAUAGGGAGGGUUCCCUAAAAGAGCAUUUGUGAAAUUGAGUGAUUUAAUCUGGAGUAUCCUCCACAACCUCUCUUAGUCUGAGUCUAUUCAACAGAGUUACUCAGAUUAUUGAUCAUUCAGCUAAAAUUUUAUAUUUUAGCCAUUGUAUUCCCUUUAAAAAUCAAUUGUGAUAUAUCUUGCUACACUCUGAGUAUUGUCUACAGUAGUUUUUUCCUCUUCUGUGAUUUCAGGAUGCUUUAAAAUCUUUUCCAAGAAAGAUGUUAGGGAAUCAAGAGCCUCCAUCUCAUUGUGGUGGUGGAGGGGUGGGUUGCAGUGCUUCAUGUGAUUUUUCUCUGGGGGCAGGCAAAGAGAAUUGAUCAGAUUAUCCUAUUGAGGUCAGUUGCAGUGUUACCUGGUUAAGCCCUUACUUAGGUUGUAAGCUCCUAGGAGGUAUUUCUUGCCUUUAAAGGCUGAUUGUACCUGUGGCAGUACCGAAGAGCAGCUGUGGCAGAUCUUGUCUUGACAAGCAAGCCAUACUUCCUGCUAGGGCAACUUUCUGGAAGUUCCAGGAGACUCCAAUUAUUUCAGCUGCCCUGUCUUUCCUAUUUCUAGGUUAGAAUCCAUUUACAAGUCAGUCAGAUUCUCAACCAAAUUUGAUUCUCCUGAGUGGUAGGCAAGCUAAAUGGAUCAUGUAUCUUGUUACUCCAGGGUAUUUAACAAAAUAUAUCUUCAGACUUCAGUAACUUGAUACUUAAUAUCUACAGCAUUCUUAGAUGAAUAAAAUAAGUCCAUUUUUUGCCUCUUUUUUUCAUCUAAGGCAGAUUUCUUAGAAUGAACUCUGUUGCACAGUACUCAGUGUGAAGGAUGCUGCUUCCCAUGUAGAUUACUUGAGUAGAAAGGAGUAAUAACAUGGCUUGAUUUGGUAGCUGUGCUUCUGUGAAGGUGGUCCAGUAUGUGAUUAUUGCUUCAAAGAUACACAGCUCACUCAUUUUCCACUUUUUGUCCAUUAGGACUCCCCAGUUUCAGUUUUGUCUUCUCUCCAGUUGUGUUUCUCUUUGUCCUUAUGGGAGACUUCAACUUUGCAGACAGGAACAGGGAAUACCAUACUGCUGUGACAAGCAAGUCUGGGAAGUCCCUGAAGUAGAUUGAAGAUAACUUGUAGUCACAAGUACUCAGUGAGCCAACUAGGAAUGAUUCCCUCCUAAACCUGUUGUUUAUUAAUGAAGAAGGACUUUUGAGAGAUAUGAUGGUAGGUGCCUGCCUUUGACACAGAAUCAUGAAAUGGGUAAUUUUAAAAUUUUUGAUGUAAUGAGGAAAACAGUCAGUAAAGUUGCUACCCUGAAUUUCAACAGAGCUAAUUUUAGGUGACGCAGCAAGCUUGUUACUAGCAGGCUGUUCCUUGAGUGCUGGUCAGUUUUUAGCAAUCACCUUUUAAAAGCACGAGAGCAGAUGAUCUCUCUGUGUUGAAAGUCAAACAAGCCAUGCAGAAGACCACCUUAGCUGAACAAGGAAUUCCUCUUGAAUCUCAGGAAGAGAAGGAGAUUGUGUGACCUCUGGAAGCAAGGUCAAGUUUCACAGAAAAAUUCCAGAGCCUUAGUUCACAUAUGCAGGGAGAAGAUAUGAAAGACCAAAUCUUAAUUAGAGUUGAAACUGGCCAGUGUUGUGUCAGAUAAGCAAGGCUUUUUGAAGUACAUAAAUAGCAAGAGGAGGUCUAAGGAAAAUACUGGAAUGAUAUUUGUUGUAGAUGAUCACCUGACAAAUUGGAUUGAAGAAAAAGUGGGGGCAUUCAGUACAUUUUUUUGUCUUGGUCUCUUCUAAUACUGACAGAUCUUGGGCUGCCCUGUCUUCUGAUUUGGAGGACUGUUACUGUGGGAAUAGUAACUUUCUGUUUGUGUACAUGAAGACCAUAAGGGACCAGUUGAAUGUAAGUCUGUGAGGCCCAGUGGGAUUCAUCCCAGAGUACUGAAGGAGCUGGUGGUUGUUGUAGCAUGACCUCUCUCAGUCCCUACCAAAGGUUUGGGAGUCUGGGAAAGAUCCAUGCUUACUAGAAACUAUUCAACAUUAUACCAGUUUACAAGAAGUGCAUGAAGCAAGACCCAAGAAACACAGACAUGCUAGUCUAGCCCUAGUACCUGGAAAAAUUAUAGAGGAGAUCAUACUAGGGGCUGCUGAAGGCAUUUCAAGUCCUUAAAAUCAUAGAAUCAUAGAAUAUUCUGAGUUGGAAGGGACCCACAGGGAUCAUCAAGUCCAACAAAAAAGGUCUAGUGGGUGAUGUGAUGGUUGGCAGCUGUCUUAGGCAUAGUGACCAUGAAAUGUUAGAGUUUUCAAUACUGAGUGAAGUAAGGAAGGGCACCAGCAGAACUUCCACUAUGGACUUCCAGUGGGCAGACUUUGACCUGUUUAGGAGAUUGACAGAAUCCCUUGGGAGUCAGACCCGAAGGGCAGAGGAAUCUGGGAAGGCUGGAUAUGCUUUAAAAGGGAUUUCUUAAAUAUAUUCAGUAGCAGCACCAUCUUAGUCCUGCUUUGGAUGCUCUCUAAUAGCUUUACAUUCUUCCUAUAUUGUGACACCCCAAACUACACAUGGGACUCAAGGUGAGAUUGCACCAGUGUAGGGCAGAGCAGGAUAAUCCCCUCCUCUACUAGAUCAUGAUGAAAUUUUAAAUCAGAGCAAAUAAUAAACAGUAAGUUGGUGAAAGACCUGGAAGGCAUUAUGUGGGAAGUGGUGAAGGAAUUUGGUUUUGUCUGGUUUUGAGAAAAGAGACUGCUCCCUACAGUUUCCUGAGGGGUGAAGUGGAAAGAGAGGCACUGGUCUCUUUUCCCUGGUAUCUAGUCACAGGGCAUAUGAAAAAGGUUAAAAGCUGUGCCAAGGGACAUUCAGACAUGGCAUUAGGAAACACUUCUAUACCAAGAGGAUGGUUAACCACUGGAGCAGGCUUCCUACAGAGAUGGUUGAUGCCCCAAGCCUGCUGGGGUUUAAGAGACAUUUGGACAAUGCCCUUACUUUAAUUUCUGUUCAGUCCUGAAAUGAUCAGUCGCACUAGUUAUUAAUUUUAGGUUGAACUAUUUUGUUUUAAUCAUAACUUCAUGAUGUUAUUGUCUUUCCAUUCCUCCAAUCUGUCCAAGUCCCUCUUGGUAGUAUCCCCACCCUCCAGCAUAUCAGUGGCUCUCUUUCUCAACGUGCCAUUAUUUCUGAUCUUGUUGAGAGUAUGUUCUGUCUUUUUCCACCAGGUCACUAAUGAUGUCUGAACACUAUUAAUCCCAGUAUUGUCUUCUAAGGCAUGCUUUUCAUAAAUGGCUGUCAUGCAGAUUUCAAACCAUUGAUUGCUUAGCCUGGCCAGCUUCUCUCUGAUCUUUCUUACUGGAUGCUAUCCAGUCCAUACCUCCCCAUCUGGCUCUAAGGGUGCUAUGAGAGACUGCAUCAAGAGGCUUACUGAAGUCAGUGGAGACAUCAUUCACUGCCCUCUAUGCCUCCUCAGAGCCUGUUGUUCCAUCACAGAAGACAGGUUCAUAGGCUUGAUUUUCCAUUAUUUAAUCUGUCCGUUCCUAGUCACCUCUUUGUCCUCUGGACACCUAGAAAUGGCUUCCAAAACUUGCUUCAUAAAGCUACAGGGGACUGAAGUAGGGCUGACUAGCCUAUGACUCCACCAAUACUCCUUCCUGUCUUUUUAGAUAGGUGAUGUAUAUAUACAUACCCCUUCUUGUCUCUGGGGACCUCAUGCAAUUGCAAAAGUUUUUCAUAGAUGGCAGUGACCAAUCUCAAAAUGAUAUACUUCUGUGUAUAGGGAGAAGAUGGACAUUCUGUGAAAGAGAAGUCAAGAGCUGAGGGAAGCACAUUUUCUAGUUGUUCUUUUCACAUUUCCAGUAGUUCCAGUGAGCUCUAGAGCUCUUAAUGCCCAGUUUGGUAGGUACUGGAGAAGACUGAAUUAAAAGAGUGUAGUUUCUGUCCUGAUGGAUUUAUGAUUUUAAGGUACAGUAAUGGGUGAAGAAAGCAGCAAAACAGAAGCUGGAGAGAAGCUUGUUAGAGGCUGGGACUAGUGCUACUGAAUGAUAGAUUAGCUUUGUGAUUGUGGUAUGCAGAGGUGUGUCUUGCCAGCUUCAUUCUUGGAUAAUGACAUUGAGUAGGUUAGUGCUGUCCUUCAAACUGUAGAUGCUCUUGCUAUUAUUUUGUGGAUGUUGCAGAGACUUGCUUAGUGGGCAGAGGAUGAGAAGGGAAAUUGUAAGAAGGGCAGCAAGAAGCAUGAUGGAGUGCCUCUUUUAUUGUAACCCCUUCUGCACUGAAGAAGGAAUAUGCUACAAACAACAGUAUGUGUGCCUAGAUAUUGAAAAGAAAUUAUGUCAAAUGGAUAAGAACUUAACUUUAUUGUCUUGAGGAACAGUUUGUAACCAGGGAACUUUUCAGUGAAGCAAAAGUGAAGGAUACUGCAUUUGUUCAGAAUAUGUAUUUUAAUAGUUUCUCAGGAGACUAUCCAAGGAAGAUGAACUUCUGUUCUCAUUGUGGUACUUCAUUACUGUGUCUUUGUUUCCUGUAUUCUGUUCCAGUUUGUGUUUUGUGACUGUGACAUCCUUUUGUACCAUCAAAUGCAGGAAAGAUACUUUACAGUAAUACUUUUUAAGGCAGAAAGCAUAAGGGGACACUUGCUAUACAGGAGGUAAAACAAGAUUAUUUUAGGCCAUUAAAUUUACCCAGUACAAGGCUUGAACUCAGCACAGAGGGCAUAAUGUCUUAAUUAUACCAAAGCAUCUCAUUUUUAAAGAAAGUAAAUAGUGCCACAGGCAAGUGCAGGGAGACUAAACUGGCACCAGUGCCUGGAGACCCACGUGUGGCUGUGCCUCAGUCACUUGACAUACAAUACAGAUUUACAUUGUAGAGACAGAAGGAACUUUCAACAUCCUUCUCAACUUUAAUGUGGCUAGAAUGCCUUCCCAAUUGGCAGUCUGUGAGUCUGGUGAAUUGAAAAGAAGUGCUCACUGGCAUGCUGUGUGAAGAGAAUUCUUGUACCAACUUAAAAAUUGGUAAAACUGGAAAGUGGACUGGUACAGCCUGUUAUAUCAGAGAAGGAUGCAAAAUAUAUAUACUUGCAGACAAUAUUCAGGAAAAGUGUUGUUGAGCCCUGUGUGUUAUGAGCUAGAGUAUUCAGUGUGCUAAAGCAGAGAUGCCAGUACUACAAGGAUGAUCAGGGUUGUGCAAAGCUGCCCUCUUGUCCAAGUAACCUCUGAAGGAAAUGGGAUGAACAGCAUGAGAAAGGCUGUACUGUGUCAGGCCAAAGGUUUGUUUGGAUAGUCUGUCUCUCACAGUGACCUGGUUUGGAUACCUGGGGGGUACUGUAAAGAUGAAGCAGUAAUAUAGUGAUAUUUUUUUUUGUGUUCCCUUAGCCCAGUAUCCUGCCUCAGAAAGAUGUACAAACUUUCUUCAAGACUGGGGAAAAAAUUUUUGAACUUCUGGUUAUAGUAUUUAUCCUACAACUGGAUUUAAAUAUAUUUUUACAAGGACACAUCCUGAUGAUGAAAACAUCAAGUAAGGAUUAGCAUAUAUUUGUUUGUAAUGAGUUUUCUUAUUAAUUACCCUCUUUAUAAGUAAAUAACAUCUUCUCUUGGAUUUUUUUUUUCCUUAAUAGCAACAUCCUGACAUUGUUUCUUAUAAUGCUUUUUUUUCCCCAGCAAGGUUGAAAAGUUUCCUUCUUUACAAUGAGGCUUCUUUGACGUGUAUUUGUAUGCCCAGUCAACAAGUCCUAUGUAAUCCACUAACCCAUAUAAAUCAUUUUUCAUAAGCUUCAUACUGUAAAACUUGUCAUUUAACCUUUAAUUGUGCUCCUGCAUGAAAAUCCCCUAUUCCACAUCUGUAUACAUUCAAUUCUAGUGUCUACAUUUGAAGUAUUCUUACUUUAUAUUAAUAUUCAGAGUUACAGAGUAACUGUAAGAGUCACUUAUGGUACUCCUUAUAGAGUGUUCUAAUAUUGCUAUUCAGGCUUCAUAUACUCAUAUAUCCAAAUAUGCUGCUAGUCUGCUGCCCACAUACUGCUGUAACACUACCAUAGGAGGUGAUAUUCAGGCAGUUGAGUCUGAACCUAAAGUUCUUACCACUGCUUUUCAAUGUACAAAGUCCUAGAAAGUAAGAAAUUUUCUUUAAACUCAAAAAUUUCUUGCAUUUCCUUUAGCACUAUUAUAGCACAGUUUUGUACCAAUCAUAUUUAUAAUUUGAAAUAUUUAAGAGCUCAGUCUGUUUCGUUUUAUCAGAAGAGCAUCAGAGGUGUCAUGCCUGUGUGGUAGAAAACCUUUUAUGACAUUGGAAAUACUAAGUAAUAAACCAUCUUUUGUCUUGCAGAUGGGCAUAAAAAUUAACUUGGAGCUAAAGCCUAGGUUGCCUAGAUUGCCUAGAUUUGUGCAUGUGAGAUUUCAUUGAUGGAGGCAUUUCUAAGAGGGCCAUGAUCAGAGUCUGGUCUGGCUUGACCAAAGCCCUUGGGCACUACUGAAGUCCUUGAAUUUUCCCUCAGGAGUUGACAACACCAGAUAGUGAGCCAAAGGUACCAUCAGUUGCAUUUUAACUUCUUCCUCCUGUCAAAGAGGGUUCUUCUAGAGAUAGCCCACAAACAGCUCUACUCAAAGUCUGUGAAGAGCUAAGUUGUGCAUGUCCCAAAUAUUUUAUGAGGUCAUAAGAUUUAGCUGUUUGAUAGGGGUUGGACUCUGGGUUCUUGGGACUCUAUUUUAAGGAUAACAUGUAAAUAAGAAAGAUUCCUGCUUGUAUCCCUCUGUUUUAAAUAAGAUGUCUAUUCUCUGAAUGAGAAUCUGUGUUCUGAUUAUAGAAACUGGAAAUAAAUCAAUAUAUGAAAGAAGUGUUUUAUCUGAUAUGAAGUGAACUGAGUUGACAGUGGGGAAGAGAGGUUCCACUGACAUCUGACUAGAUUUACAGUAUUGGGCUCUCCAUUAGUCUGCAAACUUCCUUGACCGUUCCUGUAAGUAGAAAGUAUAAACUGUAAUCUGAAGGUCUCUAGGGAGUUACUAUGCUUUUCUUGCUUUGAAUUGCAAACUUGAGUGAAGGACUUGAGGUAAUUUAUCAUGUCUGUUCUUUGGAGUUUUUUUUGUAAUGAUUUUGUUUCCCAGUUUGCCAGGACAUUGUCUCUAGACAAGUGAGAUGCUCCCUGUUUGGAAUUUGAAACAAUUCCAGAGUUUCUUAAAUAGCCUUUCAUUUCUAAGCCACUGCUUCAGAUCUGCCCAGUCCCAAAUGGGAUUUCAUUUAAAUGAGCAGGUCAGUUUCAAUUGAUAGUUUAAUGGAUAUCAAUUCAUUUUGCCAACACUAACAUCCUUUUAAGAUAGACUGGCAUCAUUGGUUUUUACCAUGAUAACAGUGACUUCAAAGAUCAAAUGAACAGAGGACUUAGAAUUCUUUUUGCCUUAGAAUUUUUUUUGUGUCCCAGUAUUAAUAGUUAUGCAUAUUUGUGGUAGGAACAACAGAGGAAUCCCUUUACCUUAACUGUUCCAAUGAAUAAACUGUAAAAAUUAGUUCCAAAGUGGACUGAAUGUUUUUAAACAAAAAGAUCAAGAGCCUUUGGAAAUGGCUUCAAGUUUUUAACUCCAUGUUGGGAGAAGAAGGCUAUUCAAUUUUUAAAAGUGAUUAUUUUCCUUUCUCAUCUACAGGCUGCACCUGUGAGAAUUGGCAAGUGUUCCCAGUGAAAUGUGCUGAUUUUUGUUAGGUAUGAGGAGUUGGAACAAGGAGCAAUAGGUUUUUUUAUGGGAAGGGCUCAGAUUUGGCAAACUGUUGGUAAUGUCAAAAAUUGCCGUGUCUAAAAAUUAGCUGUUUCAGUCUUACACCUACUUGCAAUUUUGUAAUUUUAAAAUUUUGAGUAAUGAAGCAUUUCAUCUACUAAUUGGAUUAAUUUCUAUUUCAAAAGGAAAAGCUGAAUGGUGGGGUUUUUUUACAUGUCCUUAAUUUUAUGUCCCAGGGCUAAGAAUUUUCUCAGUUCAGCUUGAGUAACUGGUGGCAAGUUUGAUAACAGUGCUGACUGUGAUGGUAUUUUUCAAUUUUGAUAUUUUUCAAACCAUUUCUUCAUGCUUUUCCAGCUCAUAAAAAUCAACUGAAACUACAGAUGAAUACAAGUAGAUUUCCUAUGUAUUAAUGGAGAACUUCUCACAUGUUAAUAAAAGACUGUUUCAAAUCUGGGAUACAAAUUUUGUUCUCAACUGGCAUAGAGCAAUUUCCCAGUAAUAACAGAUACUUAGUUUUUCAAUGAAAUAUAGUAUAGGGUUUCAAAGUGGUAAACUACAUUAAGUUAAUUCAUUUUUAUUGGGGGAGUGACAGGGAGGUGUUUAGAUAUGAGAACGUGAGCAGAUCUUAGGAGUUGCUGCAAUAGGGCAAAUGUAGCAAACAGAGUUUUCAAAACACACUUUAAAAAUUGUACCUGGAGGUUGGAGAAUUGUACCUAAAGAUUGGAGAAAUCUUCCUCUGAGAAGUGCCAUAACUCACAGACUGCCUGCAGGUGCAGUGAUGGCAGACUAGUGGUUCUGAUAAACUGAUAAUGCCAGCACUGACACCAAUGUUUCCCUGGUAUUUUGACACCAGCUUCCUGAGAGGUUCACCAGUGUUGCCUUAGGGAUCUUCAUCCUGCUUCACAACAUAGUUUUUAAGUGCUUGGACUCACCUAGCCCUCCUCCAUGGGGAAACACAUUCCCGUUUUGAGCCAGACACCUACUGCUGAAUGUUGCAUGGUGAGUGAAAGAAGUCCUGUGUUUUCUUUCUUGGCUGCCCAGUGAAACAGCAAGGGGAGCUUUUGCCAAUCUUUUAUCCCUUGCUGGUUCUUGACAUGCAGGGUUUGAUUGCUGGGUGGGGAGAAGGGCUGUGAGGUGUGGCUGUUGUCCUGCACUCAAACAGUGCAGGGGCUACCUGGGCAAGGUGACAUUUCACCCCCCUCCCUACUCUGAUAGGCUGCAUGACUCUAAACCAUGGGCUUCAUCUGCUUGGAUAUGUAUUCAGACAUUUAAACAAGAAUCAUCUUCAGCACCCCCACCCACCCCUCAAGUAGCAAAUAAAACAAAUCAGAAGAUUUGUGCUCUGAUGACAAGGCUGCAAUUUGAGUGGCCCAUGUUGCUGUAACCAGUGCCCUUCUGCAUGGACAGUGCAAUGCAAUAAAGCACUUGCAUGAUUUUUUGUUGGGUUUGAGGGUUGUGUGUCUCAGCCUGUCCAUCUCCCCCUUUCACACAAGCUUCCUGCCUUAGUGUAGGACAGCUGAGACUCUCUGAAUGUACAGCUGCUGGCUUGGAUUUUUUUUCUUCCCCUUACUUAGGCUGACUUCAAGCCUUAUUUACUGCACAGCAUCCAGACUCCACUCUGAAGAGGAAAGAAGUAAUUUCCUUGUUAGUGUCAUCAGGGUACCUCCUGCUAUGACAGCUUAGAAUGUUAAUGAAUUUCUGUGCUGAGCAUUUGGGUGUUAUCAUCACUUGUGUUGCAUAAAUGAGGAAUUUGGGACUGAAGCAAAACCCAGGAGUUAUCUCUGAAUUUGAGGGGCCUGAGAUGAGAUACGCAGACACUGGCAAUUUUCAGGGACUGACUUUGUACCCUUUUGUAGGUUCAAAUCACAUUUCCUACAAACUUCCUUAGCAGCUAUAAGUGCUCAGAGCUUCUGCACAUCCAGCCCCAAUUACUGAUAAGGUGAGGAGCAUUGUCCAUAUUGCUGAAGUCUUUCCAUGGCUUCUCAGCUGACAGAGAGAUGGCAGCAGGCAGGAUCUCUCCAGGGCUGGUGGUCAGUCACUUUCAUCAUGAGAACCUGGACAGCCUCCUGCUUUGUCCUUUCUGUCAUUGGGUCUGACUCCCUUGUGCUCAUCUCCUUCAGUUCCUGCCCUUCACCUCUCUGGAGACAUGCCUUCUAUGCUCUGUAUAAAGUUAGAGUCUCAAAAAUAAACAGUGUAAUCAUUUGAUUUAGCAUUAUUAUAAAGUGUAUGGACCAAGGGACAAUUUAGGAUGGCAGGAAAGGGAUUUCUUCCCUUUUGAGUAUUUUAAUCUGUAACCAGAUAUAUGUGUAUCUGUGCAUAUAUAUUAUUUAUUUUUGAGCUAGGACUUCUUGGUGUGUAUUCACUUUGUAUUGGAGUUUCCUUACAAAGGUAUUUUAAUUUCCCCAAAUAUGUUUUGUCUCUGGAAAUACUAUGAUUCCUGGAUUUGAAAGGAAUUGAAAGAGCAGCCCCAAAUGCAUAGUAUCCUAAAGAAUCUGCUGAGAAUCUGCUAUGCUGCUUUGUCUGCUACACCUCCAGAAAGAGGAAUAGGUAGGUGAAAACUUGCUAUGGAACAAUCACACUUCCUAAAUUUUUACCUGAACAUCAUAGGAUGAAUGUCUUGCAGUGAUACUUCAAGUAUUGUCCUCUUGAUUCUUUUCUCUAAACCACAGAGUAAUGAUUAUCUAGUGAAGUAAACCUGACUGUUGUUUAGCAAAUGAUAGGCUGCCUUCUAAUGCCCAAUUCAGCAAAGUUUUAAAGUAUCAGAAGUCUUAAUGUUUAGUUUGGGAAGAAUGCCCUUAGAACCAGAAUCAAUCAUCUGACUGUGCUGUAUUGGGAAAAAAGAGAAGGGUACAAAGAGAAAAUGGUACUAUUGUCUUUAUUAUCCUCAGUCUUGUUCUGUUCUCUCCAUGGACUCUUGGUUUACAUCUUCUAGAGAAAUUAGCACAUGUUUAAAAAAAACCAAAAAGACAAACACAAACAACCUCCCUCUACAAGCUUUCUUGUGUGUGUUUGUUAGAUGUGGGUUGGCAGGCUCUGUUUGCAGCUGAAUACCCAUUUUCUCAUGUAAACAGAUUCUAUUAAGCUGAAACAUGAAAAUCAGAAUGUUUGAAUUUCCAUUAAUACCAUUUUGGGACUAGACAGAUAGCUGCAAUUGUGAUUUUCUUAUCCUUGCAGUGAAGUACUGCAGUCCACAUCAUUCCUUGCUCACACAUUACACCUCACACCUGUGCUAAGUGGGCAUUUUCUGAGCAAAGUGCAUUGUUUGCUCAACAGAAGCAUAAAAGAUGACACAUGUUAUGUUGCUGUAUACCUUACCUUCUCUCUGCUAAUCGCUAUGGAUAAAGUGAUGAUGAUGCAUGGUACCAUAUGACUCAGAAACAAUUUUGCUGAAAGCCACAAAUUUAUUUCAGGUAAGUUACAUCCCACGUCUGUGUAUACUUAAAUGUGUUUAUUUGUUUCUGGGAAGAACCCAAAUGCUUGUCACAAAUAACUGGCAACUGAAAGCAUCAGAACUGGUCUAUUUAGAAUAUGUCUGCUCUCUGUCAUUCUGCAAGCACCUCAAGUGUUUAGGAUAUGGAUGAGUACGACUUCUACUGCUUGUCACUGAACUACUGCUGGUAAUUGAAAAUUGGAAUACAGUGUUCCCUGGAGAGUUCAUCAUGGAGCUCAAGAGGUUAAUAUGUAGUUAUGUGAUGAUACUAUAAUUUUAUAUGCAUCUGCAGAUACUGCUAAUAGACAUUAAAGUGGGCAUUUACAUCCUUA